AUGUGGCCCUUCAUGGCCGACCAUCAGCCAUGGGAUCCGAUCCAAGACAAGAUAGACGAAGCCGUCAACAAUACCAUCGGCGAUGCCUUAGAUAACUUACCUUCGCUGUGUGGUGAUCUAGUCCCCAGGAAGGGAGGACUCGGAGGACUCGGAGGCGGAAGAGGCGGAAGGAAGGGGGGCAGGCACAGGCAGCACGGGCUAUGCGAAGACGACGACUGGGAGGGCGACCCGCUGGCCAUGACCGUCAUCUCGGGCUUCCACCUGGUCAUGUGUCUCCUCCUUCUGCUGUGGUGCGCGUACAUCUUCGCCAAGGUCGUCCGGCUGGGCGGCCGCCGGCAGCAGGGGUCCGCCAUCAGGACCAUCCUGCACCUGACGGCCAACAGGCUCGCCACGCCCGCCUUCGCUGCCGUGAUCUUUCUCGGCUGGUACCUGGUCUGGGGCUCCUGGACCUGGUUCGCGCAGUGCAGGCCCCUUACCAACAUGAGCUAUCUCAACUUCGCCAACGCCCUGAUGCUUACUGUGCCGGCGGCGGUCUUCACCGUAGCGCAGCUCCUGCAGCUCCUGGAGGGGGAGGAGAUGGUGGUGGAGGAGAUGGAGGAGGUGAUGGUGAUGGGCGUCGAAAUCUGCGCCGCGAGAUUGUAG